AGUCGAGGCAUUGUCAGUCAGACCGUGAGUUAGUUGGUGCUCGACCAUUGCGAGAAGAGGAUCGUGUGUUGGCGGUUUGGCUGAGGCAUGAUCAGCUGAUGAAAUUGGAGAGUUUCCCUCCAUGCAUGCCGGCAUCCACGGGUUAGAAGAGAAGCAAGUCAUCACCUGGCAAGUUGUUGUUGGCAGUAGCUGUUUUUAGCCAGUUCAAGCAAGUGCCGAAACCACCUUUCCAUCCCUUCACCCAUGUGAAAACUAUGUCAAUCCGCAGAAGACAAAGGUGCUGACCAAGACGAACAAACGACCGAGCGACAAGCCAAUUCUUCUUCGUUCUCCAUCCAUCUACUCGUACGUACCUCGCGAUGUUUAUGUAGGAUUUCGAGAUUUUGAGUGAAAGGGAAAACAAAGAUUUGUCUUUGGUGGUGGUGGAGAAGUUUUGCUUUCAAUUCCUCCUCGUCUUUGGACCCCAUCUUACCUCCUUUUGGCUCAGACAACAUUGUCCGCGCGAAUGGGGGAAAAAGAUCAACAAAAAGUCCAUUAACUUCAAGAAAUCACCCAAGACGAACGACUGAACAUCACUCCGAAGAAGAUCACUAAUGGCAAUUACAAGCCUCUGAACAACAUAGCAACAACAGAAGCAUCCACCUCGUCCAGAACACCACCAUUCACUUUCGAAGAACAACACCAAGACCGAUAUACACUGCAAGUUUUGAUUCUCAGGAAUUGGCAUAAAUCCAUCCACUUGGUGGCGCACUCUUCUUGGUGAGUGAAACAUCCAUCGUCUGUGUGGUUUUCAGGCCUGUUCCGCCCUUAACUCAAACUGUUGGGAGAAAACACAAGUGGGCCACAUUUCCGGUUUGAAGUUCACGCUUUAAAACCAAGAAUAAAACCAACAACAGCCACCGACCACUCCGGCCAGCGGUUGUUCAUGGCUGAGAUUGAGCUGCCAAACCAUAACAAAAGGGUGAAAAAGUGCAUCCAUCCUGCCUCGUUCACAUUCGUUGGACGACCCCGAGUAGCUCAUCGACAACGACGUUGGAGAAGUCAGUGACCGGAGUUGAAUCAGAGCACCGCUCACCAUCCUCAUCAUCCAGUGUUGCUUUUUAACGACAAAAUUGCCAUGCUCAGUGAAACCCAUGAGGUGGCCAAGGUGUUGGGAAGCCCAUCAUCCACCGAUUGAACCAUCUCGGGUCUUCCGCGGGUCCGACGUUUGCAGUGGCCACCAUGGUCGGACAAAUCGUCGGCACGACCCCGAGGAAGCGAUCCGGAACCAGGUGGGGAUCAGUGGGUCGUGGUCCCGCUUGCGUCCCGUCUUUCCUCGUAGUGAAAUCUGUGAUCGUCUCGUGCGUAAUCGUGUGUUCCAUGUUGAUCCGAGAGUCGACGGCGCAUUCUCAAACAAGACAAGGUUUGAAAUUAAAUGAGUUUGUCCAUCACUUCGAGCCCGCUUUCUUCGCCCUGGACCACGUGGUUGCUCAACAUCAAGACCUACUACAUUCCCGGCGAAAGAGAGAAAUCGCCGGCCAGCCGCAAUGGAAGGACAUGAUGGGAAAGCCCGACAUUCAAUUCAAUUUCACCGCGCACAACAGGCUGUUCCAACUUGAGCUUCAUGAGAGUUCCCAUGGAAUUUUCUCCGAUGACAUUACUUUUGAGAACACUAACGGUCCCAUUGACUACGCCAUGGAGAAGGUCUAUUCCGGGGUCUUACGAGAUACUCCUGACUCUCAGAUUCAUGGCGUUUUAACUGAGGACGGUCACUUUGAUGGCCACAUAUCCACCCCGUCAGAGCAUUACUAUAUUGAACCCGCCCAUCGAUACUUCCCUUCAGCCAAAAGAGGAUCGAUCCCCAAGGGUACGAACAAAGGUCAAGGAUCAGAGUCAGAAGAAGCAGGCGACUUGAAGGCAGAUGAGGGAGCCGCUGUGGAAUUUCAUUCUGUGAUAUACAAGGCCAGUGAUGUCCAUCACCCCACCUCCAAUCCCGAAGCCCCAUGCAAGUCCCAUGAGCUCCAUUUGCGGAACAAAGAGGCCAAAGCCCACCUGCGACCCGAAGAUUGGCCCCAGCUCGUGGCUGCGUCAAAGUCUUUCAAGCACAAACCUGUGAUAACCCACAACUCAAACACAAAGCCACUUGGCCGCUCAAAACGGGCUGCAACUGUUCCAGAGUCCAUCCAAACGGGUCCAAAGGGUCCACCCCAUGCCGAGAAGCAGACGGUGACCACCUACGAGGUUCUGGAUUGGGCCGACGUGCCUGAGAGUGUCCGACAUCACUUUCGGAAGCGUGCCAAGACUUUGGCGGCCAACAAGAAAAUCGAUCCGAAGAAGACUACGUGCAUGCUCUACCUUCAGGCCGAUCAUUUGUUCUAUGAGAAGAUGGGCUCAGAAGAGGCCACCAUUGAUGUGAUGACCCGUCAUGUUCAGCGGGUCAAUAGCAUCUACAAGGAGAUCGACUUUGAUCAAGAUGGCAAACCAGAUAAUAUCAGUUUCAUGAUAAAGCGGAUCAAAGUGCACACUAGAGAUUCUCUCAAGGAUCCCAAAUAUCGGUUUCCCGGAAAUUAUGGUGUGGAGAAGUUCCUCGAGAUAUUCUCAGAGGAGAACUACGAUGCCUUCUGUUUGGCCUACAUGUUCACGUAUCGAGACUUUGAAGGUGGAACCCUGGGAUUGGCGUGGACGGGCGAUCUCAAGAACGCUGGUGGUGUCUGCGAGCGAAAUGGGCACUACCGUGGGAGCCUGAAGUCCCUCAACACCGGGAUUAUAACCCUGCUCAAUUAUGGCAAGCAUGUUCCUCCCGCUGUGUCCCAUGUGACCCUGGCUCAUGAGAUGGGGCACAAUUUUGGAUCACCGCAUGACCCCGAGAAUAACAAGGUCUGUGUUCCUGGCGGCGAGGAUGGCAAUUACAUCAUGUUUGCCCGUGCCACAUCUGGUGACAAGCGGAACAACCGUCAGUUCAGCCCCUGUAGCUUGAAGAGCGUCAAGAAUGUUUUGACCAUCAAGGCCAGAGGCGCUGCUGGGUGCUUCACGGAGCCCAAGGAGGCGUUGUGCGGUAAUGGUGUUGUGGAGGAGGGCGAGGAAUGUGAUUGCGGUUGGGAAGAAGAUUGCGAAGAAGAAUGCUGUUGGCCACAACGGACCCAAGCUUUGCCCAAUCAAACCCCAUGCACCCUCAGGCCCACCAAAGUGUGCAGUCCCACGCAGGGCCCAUGCUGCACCAAUGACUGCUCGUUUAAGCUGGGCGACAAAUGCAGAGACGACAACGGUUGUCGUGAGGAAAGCUUCUGUGACGGAACAGCCUCGAUUUGUCCCUACUCCGAACUGAAGGCCAACAAGACCGUGUGCAACAAAGAGUUCGUCUGCUACAAGGGGGAAUGUACUGGGUCCAUUUGCUUAGCUUAUGGGAUGGAAUCUUGCCAGUGCAGCCAAGGACCUGAAGAUGCUCCCACGAAAGCCUGUGAGCUGUGUUGCAAAGAUCCAGGUCUUGACAAGCCAUGUCUGUCUUCCUUCGAGCUUAACGAUGUGCCCUUCGACAUCCCAGACAUGUUCUCCAAACCGGGAACACCUUGUAAUAACUACCAAGGCUAUUGUGACGUCUUUCAGAUGUGCAGAGAGGUUGAUCCAUCUGGCCCUUUGGCCACUCUUCGGAAACUUCUCUUGUCCGAGGAGGCUUUCGUAUCGCUUAGGGACUUCCUCAUGUCCCAUUGGUAUGCGGCGAUCUUCAUCAUCCUGGCGAUUGGUGGACUCAUGGUGCUCAUCAUUCGGUUCUGCGGCAAGAAGUCCCCAUUAGUGGUCCGUUCCAAACGGAGACGAAGACACGCUACCAUCCACCACGACGUGGAGACCUCAGGCCCAUUGACCGUGGCCCUGCCCCCGGAGGAUGAGGACCAAGUCCAGGUCCAUCCCACAGCCAUUGAAACAUCGGUUCCGUUGGGCAAGAAAGUCAGGAAGGGCGAGAACCGUAAAGAGAGGGCCAGAAAGAAGUCCUCCACCCAAGAGACUUCAUCAUCAAAGGGCCGAGGAGGUAAAAAGAAAUCCAGUUCUGCCUCCUCACCGACUCAUGCUCUUAAAGAAGGCUCCACUGGUCGAGUGGAUGGGGCUGUUAGUCGAGCCACACAAUUGGCCGCAAAUCUGAGCCAACUCAUUGUCAAUUUGCCUCCCGACCUGGCGAUGGUUAGUGGGUCCCAAAAUGAUCCGUACAAGAAGAGGCAUCAGAAGCGAAAUAAUUCGUCACAGCACGCCCCGGGGAAAUCUUCCCCUUCGACAAAGAAGCCAGGCACUGACGAGGAGGCUUCAGACUCUGGAUCUUCAUCCUCGUCAGAGGACGACGAGCCAGAGAUGAGCUCGGCCACUUUAAAUGCCCCAGAGAGCUCUGGCAACAAACAAAAGUCAUCAUCACCAUCCAAGCGAGCUCGGACCGCCGAGGCUCGUGGAGGAGAGAAACGACAUAAACGAGGCAGGUCACAAAGUGGCCAUAAAAGAGCCAGCAAAUCCUUGAGUCCGGUCAAAAGGACCAGUAAAAUCUCCCAAGCCGCGUCCCACCUCUUGGCCGACUCGAUGACAUCAAUCAGCAAAAGCAUGGAGAAACUCGACAUAAUUGGUCAAAGGCGCAGACGGGAGAGACGGGCAAAAAAUUCAACUGCUCGGGCCAUAUCCGCUGAUGAUGGGCGCAAGAAAUCCAGAAAGAGAACUGACCUUCCUGCUAACGAGGCAACUGGAGGAGGAGAAGGAGUAGGAGGAGAGGCCAAGCCUGAUGACACGAACACCAACGCUAAUGAGCCCUUUUUUGAACCAUUACUAUCGGAGGGUAGUGGCGCUUCUCAACCAAAUAAACGUUUAUCUGCGUCUAAAGACACGAGGAAAGACGAGUCUGAGGAAAGUUUUGCACGUCGAGCAGCAGAUGGGGCAACACCACCCAGCUUUGCCCCCACCAACCUCCACGGUUGGCAUUAUGGCCGGAGCCAAAGUGUGGAUAAUGCCUCACAACACCCGUCCGUGAUUGUUUCCAAGCAACAUCAACCCGACAGACCGUUACAACAAAGAAAAGUUAGUCUUUCUCAAGGACAAGGACACCCAGGGCGCAAAAAGCUUUCAGGAGUAAAGACCCCGACGCGGUCGGCCUCCACCACGUCCUUCCAGAAUCAAAUUGAAGACGAACAAACUUUGCUGUCAGCCUCGUCGAGUAAUGACUUGGGGGUAUCGGAUUAUAGAUUGGACUUUCCUCCCACUGCCACAGGGUUGGAAGGUCAAAAGAAGUUUGCACGCUCAGUAAGUAGUCCCGGUCCUGGGCCCUUGGACAAGAAUGAUCUCAUUAUGGUUAGCCGCCAUCAACCAUCCAAGUCUUCUGGAUCGAAGAGAAUACCUCCUAUAUCCCCCUCAAGGAAGUAUUCCUUUGCCAAUGACAAGCGUCCAGAUCUGGAGAAACUCUAUCAACUCCGCCGCUCGGCGAGUACUAUUGGAGAGGAGGAUUUGGUGGCUAGUAAUCAAAAUCUGGGGCGUGCGGCUUCAAAGAGCCUACUUCUGACACCUUCGCCUACGGAAGAAGGGCGACCCAAAGUCAGGAAAUCCAGCAAUCCCAACCUUGGAACAGCCUCGGAACCAGCCUCUCGCCUGUCGUCACUGAAGAAGCAAUUACAAGCCCAUUGGGAUCAGAGUGACGGUAAGCAUCAAUACCUGGCUAUGAGGGAGCAAGGAUCAAGAUCCAGGGAGGAGGAAGACGUUUCAGAGGAAGAGGAUGAGAUCGAAGAAUCUGACGUGUCCUCCAUCGAUUCCAAAGAGAGGCUCAGUCCUCCCACACAAGUCCAGAGUCUGAGUGAGGACACGUCCUCUUUGAAUUCGUCGUCCAAGAUUCAGUCACCCACCGAAUUCGAUAUCUCCUCGGGAACCAGUUCGGAUGAAGAAUUGGCCAUUGUGCAAUCUACCAAACCUUCGGUUAAUCCCAAAAAGGAUAUCAUUUCCCGAAAGCGAAUCUUGGCAGCCGUAACCAGUGCCACCAGCCACCAUUCCGGCACUGGGAAGAAGCACUCCAUUCCCGAGGCCAAUAGUCGGGUGAAUCUUAUUCCGAGUAGUAGCAGCAAUACCAGUAGCAGUUGUGCCAGUCUGAGCUCGUCGUCGAGGUCGUCUUUGUUGGUUGACGACGAAUCCGGACCUUCGGUCAGUGAGGAUGGAGCUCCCCGAGCCCAUCUGGAACCGAGGCAACGUGCUCAAAGCAGUGAGCCUUCUCCGACAAGUCUAGAUUACUUGAAGAACUACGGCGAAGUACCGAGACUCUUGGAAGCUGCAGCUAGAGAGCGUAAGCAAAGUCAGGGCGAUCAGGCUCGUCAAACUAGCAACAACAUUUAGGGCAUCAUCGAAACCAUACCUUACUAGGAGGCGAAUUCUUCCACGAAUGCGGAGGAAAUGCCCUCACCAUUAUACAACAUACUCCAGGCAUCAACCGUCAUAACUACUAUUUUACGAUUAUUACCAUUAUCAUUAUUAUUAUCAUCAUCAUCAUCUCGUCUAUUCUUACCAAAUCAUUGGUACUCUUGAUACUACACGACUAACUGCAGUAUUCAUUCAGAUACUACCAGACAUGCCCUAUUCUCCUUGUUCCCUCCCUCCACCCUCCCUGAAGUAUCAAAGCAAGUUUACCCAACUUAAUCCCACUAAUCCUGAUUGUCAUUUUUUGUCAAAAGAAUAUCCUCAUUUGUACGCUGGAGAAGCUGAUUCAUUCCAACAGUAUAUCCACUAACUUGAAAUUGUGCUCACCCUAGUAAGUAAAUACAUCCAAAAAAUUACGCCCCGCGGUUACAUUUUCUAUUACGAAAAUCCAACUGAAUUACAACAACGACACUUUAUCCACAAAACUAAU